AUGGCACCUCGUGGACCCGGUCGGGGACGUGAAAGAGAUCGUACUAUUACGCAGGAACCAGAAAUCAACCCGAAUAACCCAGUAAACCUUAUGGCGGUGUUGGAGAAUAUGGAUGUUACUAUGCAGGCCACUACGGAGGCUCUUGGGCAACAGAUAAACAAUAAUGGCAAUGGCAGAAGUGGAGCUCAGGGCCUGAUGACACUGACAACUUUCUUAAAGGUUAAUCUACCUAAGUUCAAGAGAACCACCAAUCUGACUGAAGCUGACACCUGGUUUCAGGCCAUGGAGACGGCCAAGGAACUCGAAUUACUACAGCUGAAGCAGGGUACCAUGUCCGUAUCUGAAUAUACAGAUAAAUUUGAGGAGCUAUUCAGGGUUUCUCGUAUAUGUCAGGGAGCUCCGGGAGACUUCGAGGAAUGGAAGUGUAUUAAGUAUGAGGGAGGACUUCGAAGUGACAUCCUAAGAUCCGUUGGACCGAUGGAGAUUAGGGUAUUCUCUGAACUUGUGAACAUGAGCCACAUUGUUGAAGAAUGUGUGAGGAAGGCUGCUGAGGCGGAGAAUGACCGUCGGGAGUCCCACCGCAGGGAGCACAACCAAGGAUACGCAACAAGGGGUCAAGAGUUUAAGAGAAGAGGAUACCCACAAUAUUUUUCCCAAGGACAGAAUAACCUUGCAAUGAAUGAGAAUUUCCAUGGGAACGGUAAGGGAAAACAGGCAGCGGCUGCUGCAGAUGUUUUGAACUGUCAGAGAUGCGAGGGUCAUCACCCAAAUAGGCCAUGCCGUUAUGGUUUGGGUUUGUGUUAUAAUUGCGGGAAGCUAGGACAUUUGGUCAAAUAUUGCCCACACCGGAAGAACCGGGGUACUGCCAGGUCCGAUUCUCAUGCCCGAGAUAAUUUUAAACUAGCAGUUGAAUUUCUGACUCUCUUCAUAUCAUUACUACGAAAUAUUCGUUCGUGGUGCAUAACAAGUAUUGAUAAUUGUAGAGUCUAA